AUUCACACCAAAACAACUUAGUAAUAAUUUGACGUAAACCGCUUUUUAGGUUAGAAACCAAAACGUAAAGAAAACGCACGUUUUUUAAAAUUUAUAACGAAUUAAUCACCUAUUAUAAAAAUGUCGACGGCUAUGCCAAUAAACCCAAAGCCCUUCCUCAACAGUUUGACGGGGAAGGCUGUUAUGGUCAAGUUGAAGUGGGGCCACGAAUAUAAAGGUUAUCUAGUUUCAGUCGAUGGGUACAUGAACCUUCAAUUAGCUAAUACAGAAGAAUUUAUUGAUGGGGCCAUGUCAGGAAAUUUGGGAGAAGUAUUAAUUAGAUGCAACAAUGUGUUGUUUAUAAGAGGUGCCGAAGAAGAAGAUGAAGAAGGAGAAACUAGGGAUUAAUUACCUUUUUUUUGUUUAAAUAAAUAAGGUUAGGAUUAAUUUUAUAAGAAAAUGAUAAAAACUAAAAAGAAAUAAUAUAAAAAUGUUUCAUUUAAUAAUUAUUUUUACUUUCUCGCAUAUACAAAGUGUAUAAAAUGUCUUUAAUCUUGUCUUCAUAAGAAGAAAGAA